AUGUCUGAAUGUGGGAAGAAAACCACAAAGCUCCUCCUUGUGCCAAAGAAAACCAAACCAGCCAAGGCUGGUCUGCAGUUCCUUGUGGGUUCUGUCUGCAAGCUCCUUAAAAAAGAGAAGUACGCUGACAGGAUUGGUCCUGGCGCUGCCAUCUACCUGACUGCUGUGCUGGAGUACUCGAGUGUGGAGAUCCUGGAGCUGACAGGGAAUGCUGCUCGGGAUAAUAAGAAAUCCAGGAUUCUGCCAAGGCAUAUCCUGCUGGCUGUGAGAAACGUUGAUGAGCUGAGAAGCUCUUCUGCUCUGUGGCCACUCAAGGAGGGGUGUUACCUAAUGUUCUUCCUCAACUAA